ACAGGAAACAUCUGUCCCGUAUAAGCUAUGAAUCGCGGCACCUUGGCUUUCAGUCCAUUUCUACCACAGGCAGGCAGAAGGUGAUGUGACACACACUCUCUCACACACACACACACACACACACACAGGAGCUGCUAGAAACACAAGAAGAGUCGUCCACAACACAACACCACACCAUACCGAUGAUGACGGGGUGACGGUGGAUGGGGACGCGAGAAGGAGAGAAGAUAUUUUAUUCCGCCGGUAUAUAUUAAACGGAUUUAUACCAUGAGGAAAAGUGGAGCUACACUUGCAGACAGCGGGAAAUAAGACGACAAAAGGUGCUGCAAAAUGAAGACACCUAUGCACCAUGGAAUAGCUGUGUUUCUCGUCAUCACUCUGUGCGCCAGCCUGUUCCUCGUCUACAACGCCGGUUUCCACGGUAGCACCACUGAGAGCGGGAUGGUGGGUGCGGCGGGGGGGUCCAGAGACAGGAGCGGUGCCAGGAGAAGCUGGCAGACAGAGCAGCAGCAGAAAGCCUCAGUCAGACCUCCUCAUCCAGCCGUCCUACAGGGGUACAGCAGCAUCAUCGACCACAAGCCUCUGAAAAUGCGCUGCCGUAGCUGUGCGUUGGUGACCAGCUCCGGUCACCUGAUAGGUGGUGGUCGCGGCGAGGAGAUCGACGGGGCGGAGUGUGUGAUCCGUAUGAAUGACGCCCCUACAGUGCGGGGCUACGGUGGAGACGUCGGGCGCCGCACCUCCUUACGCGUCAUCGCUCACUCCAGCAUGCAGAGGGUCCUGCGGAACCGCCGCGAACUGCUCAACGCUUCCCAGGACACAGUGUUUAUCUUCUGGGGGCCCAGUAGUUACAUGCGACGGGAUGGGAAAGGUCUGGUCUACAAUAACCUGAGGUUGAUGAACCAGGUGCUGCCCAAACUAAAAGUCUAUAUCAUCUCCUGGCAGAAGAUGCUUCAGUUUGACGAACUCUUCAAGAAGGAGACGGGCAAGGACAGGCGUAUCUCUAACUCGUGGUUGAGUACUGGUUGGUUCACUAUGACCAUAGCUCUGGAGCUGUGUGACCGGAUCAAUGUCUAUGGCAUGGUGGCUCCAGACCACUGCAGAGAGCCCCAGCCCCCAUCUGUCCCCUACCACUACUACGAACCCCUCGGUCCAGAGGAGUGUGCCAUGUACAUCAGCCAUGAGCGAGGCCGCAGGGGAAGCCAUCACCGCUUUAUCACAGAGAAGAGGGUCUUCGCCAGCUGGGCUCGAACGUUCAACAUCCACUUCUACCAGCCUGACUGGGAGCCCACGCCGCUGGCCCCCGCUAACCGCACGCAAGGGGAGACGGUCUCAGUCAGCAUACAUGACUGGCGACCGGAAAUGGAAGUUGGAUGGUGACAGUGAACGGCUGGGAAUGGAAGUUGGAUGGUGACAGUGAACGGCAGGGCAUCUGUGGAAAAGAUGUAACUCAGGAUGGACUGAGGGUCUGGGCUGGAGAUGACGAUGGACAAGACCGCAUGAGACGAUCCAAAGUCUUCUGAUCACAACUGAAUGGCCCCAUACAGUAGGAUACUGACUACACAUGGUCCAUCACUGAGGAAAUCGACCGUCCUCCUCUAGCUAUCCGUCAUGGACAACUGUAAGGACCAAAUACAGCUGGCUGGUCCAUACCAGACUAUAUGUGAGGGCCCCACCCGACCCUUGUUCUCUAAUAUAUAAAAUGCACUGUAGGCUACAGUCAGGGACGGUGGAUGUUUUUGACAGGGUUGGGGGGCAGUAUUGUUUUAGCCUGAUUUAGAUAUGUUUCUGCUUAGAAUUGUGUUAGUCAACUUGUCUAUAGUAAGAUACAUGUAGCUUCUCUUCUGUUAUUAUAUGUUGCCCUAGAAGACUAAAUUGACAAUUGCUCAACAGGAUAAUGUUGUAAAUCGAUAGAAUGAACGUUUCAAUCUAGUAGGCAUCUGUAAAAGUUUUCUCUGUCAUCUCUGCUUCUUUCAUGGCGCAAAGACCUUUGGGGACCGGGGAGAAAAUGCAAUAACAAAAUAAAAAUGGGAAAGUUUUUUCUGUGUAGAAUUUCCAAAUGACAUCAGUUUG